UUUCUCUGUCAUUCAUCAAACUCCCACACUCAAAUCUCCCAAUCACUCUCUCCAUCCAUCUCUUUCUCCUUCUUCAAUGGAAAUGGAUUCCCUCCCCAACGGCACCGCCGCGUCGCCGGGACCGACCCUAGGGUCGGGCCCCACCGCCGCAGGUCCUCCUCCGUCCUCGAAACUGAGCCACCUCGCCGACUCCCUGAAGCUCGAGCACCAGUUCCUCAGAGUCCCAUUCGAGUACUACAAGAAGACGAUCCGCGCCAACCACCGCGUCGUCGAGAAGGAGAUAUCCGCCGUUAUUAACGGCGUCUCCGAGGCCGCCGACAAGAACGACAUGUCGACUGACGACGCCGUUAAUCAUCUCAGCUCCCUCGUUUCCAGGCUGCAGGGGCUAAAACGAAAGUUGGAAGAGGGGAGUAAGACAGAGCACUUGCAGGCGCAGAGGUGCCGGGCUCGGCUUGAUCAUUUAGAAUCGGCAGAUGUGGAGAGUCUGGCGGAAUGGAAUAACACACGUGUGAAUCGGAUCUUGGUGGACUACAUGUUGCGGAUGUCUUAUUAUGACACCGCAGUGAAGCUGGCGGAAAGUAGAAAUAUUCAGGAUCUUGUUGAUAUUGAUGUAUUCCAAGAAGCGAAAAAGGUUAUUGAAGCCCUUCAGAAUAAGGACGUGGGUCCUGCCCUAGCCUGGUGCGCCGAGAACAAGUCAAGGUUAAAGAAAUCCAAGAGUAAAUUUGAGUUUCAACUGAGACUUCAAGAGUUUAUAGAGUUGGUACGAGCUGAAAAUAACUUCAUCGCUAUCACAUAUGCUCGGAAAUAUCUUGCACCCUGGGGAACUACUCAUAUGAAAGAAUUGCAGCGGGUCUUUGUAACGGUAGCUUAUAAGAGUACCACUGAAUGUGCUACAUACAAGGUGUUAUUUGAGCCAAAGCAAUGGGACUACCUGGUUGAUCAAUUUAAACAGGAAUUCUGCAAGUUAUAUGGCAUGACACUUGAGCCUUUGCUCAAUAUUUAUCUGCAAGCAGGCCUUUCUGCUCUUAAAACCCCAUAUUGUUAUGAUGAUGAUUGCACCAAGGAGGAUCCACUAUCGCAGGAGGGUUUCCGGAAACUAGCCCUGCCCUUACCUUAUUCUAAGCAGCAUCACUCGAAGCUUGUUUGCUACAUAACUAAGGAACUAAUGGACACGGAGAACCCACCACAAGUCUUGCCCAACGGCUAUGUCUACAGCUCUAAGGCUCUUGAAGAAAUGGCAAGGAAGAAUGACGGUAAGAUUACUUGUCCAAGGACAGGCUUGAUCUGCAAUUACACAGAUCUGGUGAAGGCAUAUAUAUCGUAAAUCUACAUACCGUGUUCUGUUCAGUCGUUCAAGUUUAUUAUCCAUUUAUACCGGGAUUUGUAACUGUUGUAACGUCCUGUGCUAUCUGUACAUAAAUCCUCCCUUGCCAUAUUCCGGUAAUAAGAACUUUUCCCUGUGAUAAAACCUCUACUCCUCUGUAUUCCUCUUGGGCACUUGAAACAUGUAUAUAUGCUUUAGAUUACGUUUCA